AUCAGCUGUAAAACUUUAGUUUGGGUCACUUUAGUCAACUUUAGUGAGUCAGUGUCCGUGGCGUGUGAAAUUUUCAGUGUUUUUGUGAUCAUAUUUCUUCGUUUUUCUCCAUUAUUUCACUGAAAUGGCAGAGGACGUUCUAAUCACGUUUUUGCCAGAUGAGAUUAUAGAGUUAAUUCUCGAAAAUGAGAAGCUCAGCUUUGUGGAUGUCGUCAACUUCGCGCUGACCUGCAAACACUUACACAGGACUGUGUUUUUUAGCAACAAAUUCUGGAGGAUAAAGUUUUUCCAAAGAUGGCCCCUCUUGAAAGAAGCCUACAAAAAGCACGAAACGAAAAUAAAAAAUUGGUUAGGCGAAAUACAGGCGAGUCUAGAAACGAGGAAAGAGCUGAUGCGACGUUUGUCGGGAAUGUCGGCAAAAAACUACAGAAAACAGGAGCUUUCGAAUUCAGAAUUGAAAGAAUUUGAUCCGCUCUUCCGUCCAGAUGAGGGCUCGCAUCCCCUCGCCUACAAUUUUUGCGUUGACGAGCUCACUGGCUUGAUCAAAAAAUCCGACCUACACAGCAAUUUGACACACAAGUACUACGCCCAGAAGGUGAUCCGCUACAUGAGACAGCAGUGCUUGACCGAGGAGUGGCAGAGAUUCACGAGUUUGUCGCCGAGCGAGCAGAUAUUGGAACGCGGUGCAGUCCUCGUCGCCCAGUGGAGUCAGCCCGAGAAGUACGUCUCGUAUUCGUGCGUCUCGGGACAGCUGGACGCGAUUGCCGAGCAGACGAAGAACCUCCUCAAAGUCCAGCAUCCCACGCAUCCGCUCUUCUCGCUGCCGAGCGAGCAGUUUCGACUCUGGCGGAGCAAAAACAUCGAGGACAAUCAGUGGUCGGGCGUGAGGACGAUGCAGGUCAUUGCGGCUCUCCGGGAAGUCAUGUUCAAUCGGCUCGGGUUCCAGGGCGACAGCGAGAUGUACUGCUCCUCGGAGAUGUACUACUCCUCGGAGAAUUCAUUUAUCGAUCAGGUUCUCGAGAGGAAGAAUGGCAUUCCGAUUACAAUUGCGAUUAUCUUUGAGAGUGUCGCGAGGAGGGUGGGUGUCAGGUGUGAACCUGUCAGUUCACCGGCACACUUUUUCCUCAGGUGGAAAGAAAAAUACAACGUGCCGGAGUCAGAGGACGUAGAAAUUUACUACAUCGACGUAUUUACUGGGCAAUUUUUAACGAAAAAUAAUUGCCCACGUAUUGGAAGACUGUCUAUGUAUCCUAUGGAAUGUUAUAAUUCUCUGAGCGCAGCAACUGCAGUCGAGGUAGUACAAAGGAUGGCAAAUAAUCUUGAAGUGGCAGCGAGACAAUGCACAUAUUUAAACGGAAGAGCAGCUCGUUUGCGAUCCGCUUUAGAACUGAUGCACAUGGUCAGACCCUUUGACAAUGCCACAAUUCUGGAUUUGGCUCGGUUUUACAUGCUGCACCAAAUGGACUUAGCAAAAUUAGUUGAUGUUUUGAAUCGAAUACAGGAGGGUUCAGAGCUUUCCUCGAGAGGACCAGCUUGCAGUAUUUUAAGAAUGUUACAAGAUUACGAAAAUCACAUGAACGUCGUGCGAGAAGAAGUAGUCGAGAUAAAGAGGCGAAAACCGGAAGUGAAAUUUGCAAUAGGGAUGAUAAUGAAGCAUCGGAGGUAUGAAUAUAUGUGCGUGAUAACCGGAUGGGAUUCCCGAUGUGAAGCCUCGCUCGAGUGGAUGAACGAAAUGGGAGUUGAGGAAUUAUCCGGCGGUUCUCAUCAGCCAUUUUACAACGUUUUCGCUGAUGAUGGCUCUUCUCGCUACGUGGCGCAAGAAAAUUUACUAUUGGCGUCAGCGCCUCAAUGGGUCAACAAUUUCGAAGUCGGCCGAUAUUUCUGCGAGUUUAACGGAUCUCACUACACGCCAAAUGCAGAAAAAGCUGCGGAAUAUCCCGAGGAUGCCGAAGUUCGAAACAAUUUAAUAACCACCUAACCCUAAUAUUAAAAAAAAGCAAAAAAAAAAA